AUGGAUUGGAACAGCACAAAUAAUGGCGAAGAGAAGGUUGCCCUUGCAAUAAUUAAACUCCCUGCUGUGGUAUCGGUAACGGACCCCAGAUAUGGAGGAGCUAUUCUGGUCAACCCAGGAGGGCCGGGUGCAUCGGGCGUCAAUAUGAUCCUGGGACAAGGGAAACGCCUCCAGAAAAUAAUUGACUGGGCCGCUUGUUCAUUGAGUCCGCGAACCAAAGUACCUUGA